GACGGUAUCAUGAUCCAUGGCACCAACUCCCGUCAUAUUCAUUGACGCAUCAUUAUCGCCGCCCCGCGCUGCGACACUUUUGGCUACGCCUAUCCAUUUCCCUCACUUCACCAUCUUCUCGGCACGGUUCUUAUCUGCCGCCAGGCCGCUUCAUGCAUGGCCGAUGCUAUGCCAAACCCAGAACCCCAGCAUUCGUCAUCCAAUAGUCCCUCAAAAUCCAGCCUUCAAGACAUCAUCCCACCAUACUGGGGAGCCCACCGACGCACUACCAGCCAAAUCUCUACAGAUAACGGUCAGACUAUCCGCCUUGAAGAUAAUACAGAGGAGAACUCCGAAUCUAGCAGAGCACUCUGGGCCAAACAUGUGACGAUCGAUGACUAUGUCGUGGUCGACGGAAAUCUACCCGGUGUGGGCGCAUAUGUCGUCUGGAAUUGUAUUGUGGAGACACUUGAUGGUGGCCCAAUGACCAUUCGGAAAAGAUACUCCGAAUUCGAUGAUCUCCGGAAGAAAUUGGUUCAGACUUUUCCUCUUGCUGAAGCAGCCCUUCCUGAGAUGCCACCAAAGAGUGUCAUAUCAAAACUCCGACCGCGAUUUCUUGAACGACGAAGAAUAGGUUUGGCAUACUUCCUGAACUGUGUCCUUCUCAAUCCAGAAUUCUCAGCCUCCCCCGUGCUGAAAGAUUUUCUCUUCUCCUAAGUCGAGCUUUCGAAAAGCGUCCUUACGCACUGGCAGGGGCUAUCGUACGUACUCCACGGAUCUUGUAC